CAGGCUCUUUGGCAUUAAAAAUCACAAUGGCAUUCUGCAAUAGAUUUGGAAGUCUCAUGAGGCAGACCAUUUCAUAGAGCAAUGUGUCUAAUGGGCAAGUUCCAAUGGCAUCAAUGCUUAAUGCUAUUCGUUGCAUGUCGUCUUCAAAGCUUUUUAUUGGAGGUCUCUCAUAUGGAGUUGAUGACCAGUCUCUCAAGGAUGCAUUUUCCAGCUUUGAUGAUGUUACCGAGGCUGAGUUUUACUCUGCUGCACUAUAUGGAUUCAGAUCACAAAGUUAUCAUUGACAGAGACUCCGGAAGAUCAAGGGGAUUUGAAUUUGUGAACUUCUCUAGUGAUGAAUGUGCAAGCUCGGCAAUGUCAGCCAUGGACGGACAGCCACUGGAUGGGAGGAACAUCCGUGUGAGUUUUGCAACAGACAGAGCCGGUCCUCCUCGAGGUGGUGGUCCAGGUUAUCGUGGUGGGUUUGGUGAUGCAGGGAGGAAUGAUGGAUAUUAAAUCACUGUUGCCUAGGUUCUGUUGUCUAUAGAAUGACUAUGGCAACUAGUUUAGUAAUUUAGGAUGGUGAAUCGUAUGACUUUGAGUGGAGUUGAUGAACUACAUAUGUUACUAAUGCUUUUAAUCCCCCUUUUUGCCUGUUAUUGAUUAUUAAGUGUCUCAUGUUAUUCCAAGCUGUGUAUUGUUUUUUUAAAUAUUGGGAUGGUGCUGUACUUUUAUUUUUUGGGACUGAAAACAUAAGCCAAGGAACU